AUGGACUAUAAUAGGAUGAACUCCUUCUUAGAGUACCCACUCUGUAACCGGGGACCCAGCGCCUACAGCGCCCCCAGCGCCCCCACCUCCUUCCCCCCCAGCUCUGCUCCGGCUGUUGACAGCUACGCAGUUGAGACCCGCUAUGGUGGGGGGCUGCCCAGCCCCGUGCUCCAGCAGAACUCAGGCUAUCCCCCCCAGCAGCCACCUUCGGGGCUCGGGGUGCCUUUCCCCAGCUCCGCCACCUCUGGCUAUGCCCCGGCUGCCUGCAGCCCCAGCUAUGGGCCUUCUCAGUACUACCCUCUGGGCCAACCAGAAGGAGAUGGAGGCUAUUUUCAUCCUUUGAGCUAUGGGGCCCAGCUAGGCGGCUUGUCCGACGGCUAUGGAACUGGUGGAGAAGGACCUGGGCCAUACGCUCCGCCGCAGUCCCCUUAUGGGAAUGAGCAGACAGCGAGCUUUGCACCGGCUUAUGCGGAUCUCCUCUCAGAGGAAAAGGAAUCUCCCUGCCCGUCUGAACCCAGCACGCCCACAGCCCGGACCUUUGACUGGAUGAAGGUUAAGAGGAACCCACCCAAGACAGUGAAGGUCUCGGAGCUGGGCCUGGGCACAUCCGGUGGCCUCCGUACCAAUUUCACCACGCGGCAGCUGACCGAGCUGGAGAAGGAGUUCCACUUCAACAAGUACCUGAGCCGGGCCCGGAGGGUGGAGAUUGCUGCCACCCUGGAGCUCAAUGAGACACAGGUCAAGAUUUGGUUCCAGAACCGGCGCAUGAAGCAGAAGAAGCGUGAGCGGGAGGGAGGCAGGGUACCCCCAGCGCCUCCAGGCUGUCCCAAGGAGGCGACUGGAGACACCUCCGACCAGUCGACGUGCACCUCCCCAGAGGCCUCACCCAGCUCAGUCACCUCCUGA